AUGAAGCGCCAAAACGUCGAUUACCUACUUCGGGUGGGAUCUGACGAGGACGAGGAAAGAUGGAAUGUUUCAGGCGCCCAGGCACCGACGGUCAUGCCGGGAGGAGAGGGGAGAUAUAAGGAAGAGACUGCUCGGGGCCAGCCUGGGCAGGGAGCGGCAGCAGCAGAAGGGGACGCAGCAGGAGAAUCAAGUGGAGACGGUCCCUCCACUGCUGCUGCUGCUGCUGCUUCCCCCAUGGGUGGCGGGAACCAAGAGGGCGCCCGAGGCAGUGGCCAGGACAAUGAGCUGCAGCCUCAGGAGCCAGUUCAGCAGGGCAUGGGCGACGACGAGGAUGGGCCAGUGCCUGUGCUGCUGCCUGUGCCAGCGCCAGUGUGCAAACGCAACUCACGGAAGAGGUUCGCCCACUGGCAACUGCAGAAGCUGGAGAGUGUUUUCCAGCUUACUCACUACAUCAGUGCAAAAGUAAGAAAACGUUUGGCAACAUGCAUGGGUGUGAGUGAAGCCAAAGUGCAGAAUUGGUUUAAGAAGAAAAGAGAAAAAUACAGGAAAUAUAAAAACCUGUAAAUAAAGGGCCAGAGAUGCUCCUCCUGCUAACUAGACCACCUUU